GUCAGUAAAACUCGAGAGAAGUUAUCAGAGCUUCACACACCUGCUGAGAACAUGAAGAUGAGUCGUGUGUUUCUGGUCCUGGGCUUCGUCCUGAUCAUGGCGCUUUACUCAGACUCUCAGCCUUUUGGCCCACAGUCUGAGAUCUGCUGUUUCAACUUCUAUCCUGGCAAAAUUCCUGCCGAAAACAUUGUGGCUGUUAAAAAGACAGGAUCACACUGUCCACAGCAAGGCUUCGUUGUUACUACUGUUAAUUCCCCCGGUCUGUGUGUUCGUGAAGUCACUGUCAAAGGACAAGAAACUUAAUGCUGCAACUGAGAUGCAAUACACAUGCACACACACACACACACACACAUGCACACACACACACACACACACACACACACACACACACACCUACACACACACACCUACACACACACACACACACAUACACACACUUGCUUCAUAAAGUUCAAGCUUUAGCCAUUUUCUGACCAUUUUUAACAAUGCUUAAUGAUGUCAUUGUUGCUUAUUGCA